CCGCGCGGCGUUGUUUGACAGUAGCCGACUUCGUGGUAGCGGCCACACAAAAACUUCACUGAUUGGGAAAAAAUCGUCAGCAGUUAAAAACUCAGGAGCUUGUAGAAUUAUUUUAUUUAUCAUAUCUUAAGUUAAUAGAAGACCUGCAAAUUUACAGACUAAUAAAAUGGGGCUGGGGGAGAUAUUGCAGUUUGAUGAAAUGCUGCGCGAUUUCAACAGAAUGAACAAACGGCAGUCAUUAUACCAAAUACUAAGUUUCGCGAUGAUCGUUUCGUCCGCCUUGAUGAUCUGGAAGGGACUAAUGGUAGUGACUGGUAGUGAAUCGCCGAUUGUGGUGGUGCUCAGUGGUAGUAUGGAGCCGGCUUUCCAUCGUGGAGAUUUGCUAUUCCUUACCAACUAUAAGGAGGAACCAGUGCGUGUUGGAGAAAUUGUUGUGUUCAAAGUGGAGGGAAGGGACAUACCUAUAGUGCAUCGUGUCAUUAAGCUGCAUGAGAAAGAAGAUGGUUCAGUGAAAUUCCUCACCAAGGGUGACAACAACAACGUCGAUGAUCGGGGUCUUUACGCUCCAGGUCAACUCUGGCUAACGAAAAAGGACAUUGUUGGGCGGGCUAGAGGGUUCUUACCUUAUGUGGGCAUAAUAACGAUAUUUAUGAAUGAGUAUCCCAAAGUGAAGUGGGCAAUAUUGUCGAUUUUAGCUAUCUUUGUACUGUUACAUCGCGAAUAAUAUCCAGCCACGAUUCACACAAUUAGCUAUAAGCAAAAGCGUACACUACCAGAAAGCCAAUCUAUCAAUAAUUCGAAAAACGUAAAUAGCAAUUGCAAUUGCCAUCAAAAUAUCAUCAACAACAACAUCAACACGAAAAACAGUAAUCGCAAGAGAAUUGUUAGAAUAAACAAGUAAAGUAAAAAUAGAUCGGAAUACAAAAUAAAUGGAAUACAUUUAACUGGUGAAAACUA